AUGUCUCAACAAUCUAACUCUUCUCCUUCCAAGAACAUGCCUUGUUCUCCUAGCGCUGAACCAAGCAACCCUAACAGAGAAGAUCCUGUUGCUGACUCUGUGAAUACCCCACAUGCAAGAAGACCUAAAGAAACUGUAUCAGGCUUCUCCUCAUCCAUCGUUCUUGAGGAACGAACCAAAGAAGGUUCCAGGUAUGUUCACAAUGUCAUUUCCACUAUAGUGACUAGAAUACUGUCUGGAAAUCAUGAGGUCCCUGGGGUUUCCAUUCCCUUAAACACUAUUGAACCUGAUAGUGUUGCUGAUCAAGAAAAUACUGAGUCUUUAGGAAAGAAUAUCUCUGAUGAUGUUGAGCAAACUGAUGCCCAUAAGGAGUCAAAUGUUGACAAACCCUUAGAUAAUGUGGCUGGUGAGGAAGUUCAUGUCACUCAUGAUGUCAGUGACAACCCUAACUGUGAGGCUGAAACAGUAGACCUGGAGGAAUUUUCUGAUAAUGAGCUGUUGUCCUUUGUCCUCCCUAGCAUAGCCAAAAGGGUUAGGACUAGGAGAGAAAAGAAAAUUGUGGCUCAAAGGUUCCCCAGAAAGAAGAUUGAUGUUCCAACCUCUUCCAAGACAACAGUGGCAGUCGAGAGUUCCCUCAAGAGGAAAGUUCACGGUCCAACCAAAUCUUGGAGCAAAGUGGUGCCCAUGAAAAAGAAGCACAAGUGGAAAUAUGUUUAUCAGAAGAGGCUGGCUUUGGAAAGGGAAUUAGCUCAGAAUAUCCUAGAUUGUAAGGAUAUUAUGGAUCUUAUUCAAGAGGCUGGUUUAAUGAAGACUGUGACUCAGUUUUCAAAGUGCUAUGAGAUGUUGGUAAAGGAAUUUAUUAUUAAUUUGUCUGAAGAAUGUGUUGAUGGUAAGUCUAAGGAAUUCAGGAAAGUGUAUGUGAGAGGCAAGUGUGUAAAUUUCUCUACUUCAAUGAUCAACAAGUAUUUGGGAAGGCCUGAUGAAGCUCAACCUGAGCUUGAGGUGACUGACAAUAAAAUCUAUCAAGUCAUCACUGCUAAUCAGGUAAGGAAGUGGCCUCUCAAAGGAAAAUUGGUGGCAAGUAAACUGAGUGUCAAGUAUGCAAUGCUGCACAAGAUUGGAGCUGCUAACUGGGUGCCCACCAAUCAUAAAUCUACAGUUGCUGUAAUGCUUGGAAAGUUUAUAUAUGUUGUUGGAACCAAAGCCAAAUUUGACUAUGGCUCCUAUAUUUUUGAUCAAACUUUGAAGCAUGCAGGAAGCUUUAGUGUGAAGGGUCCUAUAGCCUUUCCUUCUCUUAUCUGUGGUAUUGUUUUGAAUCAGUUUCCAAACAUCUUAACUGAGAAUGAUUCUGUGAAGAAAAGAGACAUCCCUAUGUAUUUCAAUCAUAAGUUGUUCCUAGGUACCCAUGUCCCUGACAUUGUAAUGACAUCAGGUGAGACAUCAUGUGUAAGCAAUCAGCCAGGUAAAGUUGUUGUCAUUGCAAUGCUCAAAGAAACCUACAGGGAAUUAGAGGCAAGGAAGCUGAACUUGGAAAAAAUGAUUACCUCUUUGGAGAUGACUGAAGGUGAUGUGCUAGCUGAUGGUGGAGAAUUUGGUGAAGCUGCUGUUGUUGCAGAAGAAGCUGAAAGACGAGGUGAAGAGGGAGAAGCAGAUGCCAGUCCUGAUGAUGGCAAAGAUGAUGAUGCUGACUCUGAGUCAGAUGACUAG